GCGCCACCAACAGUCCCAGCCAGCUCAACGUGGGGAAGCGGAAGAAGCUGGCGACCGUGGAAAGCGUGUUCAACAAGUUCGAUGACGAGGAGGCCGACGAGCAGCCGCGCAAAAGGAAGCUGGUUCCUCUGGAUUACGGCGAUGACGACAAGAGUCUGGGACUCGACGGGGCGGAGCUUCCAGCGGGGAAAGGCAACGUCAACACGGAGGAGAAACGAAAACACAUAAAGAGUCUCAUCGAGAAAAUCCCAACAGCGCGGCCCGAGCUCUUCUCCUACCCUCUGGACUGGACCAUGGUGGACUCGACUCUGAUGGAUCGCCGCAUCAGACCGUGGAUCAAUAAAAAGAUUAUCGAGUACAUCGGCGAGGAGGAGGCUACGCUGGUGGAUUUUGUCUGCUCGAAGGUGAUGGCACACAGCACUCCUCAGGGUAUUCUCGAUGACGUGGCGAUGGUUCUGGAUGAAGAGGCGGAGGUCUUCAUCGUUAAAAUGUGGAGACUGUUGAUUUACGAAACAGAAGCGAAGAAGAUGGGCUGGUGAAAUAAAGACCUCGUGUCUCUCGGCUCGUCGUUCUGCUGCCUUCCUGUUUUUCUGCAGACUGUAAACGUGUCCAAACAUCCCUCCAGUCCAUCAGCACGGAGCGGCUGCCUUCUGCGUGCGUGUGUGUGUGUGUGUGCGUGCGUGCGUGUGUGUUUGGAGGGGGAAAAGUCUGAACUGUGAACAGAACAGGUUUGCACAAACAUACUGCAUGAUGAAACUUUGGUUGUAUUUUUCUCCUUUGUUGAGGCAAAUGUUGAAUUUCAUCCGUUUUUCCAAAUCGUUGGACACAUCCUGCUUUGAUUUCCUGUCUUCAUGUCGCGGCUCUGCUCCGUCGUGUGAACUAAUAAAUAUGCUUUUUUUAUAAAGAGA